GUCAUCAAAGAAACUCACACAAGUACAAGUUCAUCUUCAUGUUUUUUUAUCACUAGCCUUCUUUUCCUCUACUAAUGUAAACUGGCUUCAAGCUACUUGAGUUUAUACUUUGAUGCAAAUAUGAGCACCUUCUCACUUGGAACUCACAAAUUUUUGCUAAUUGUGGUUUUCUUCACUGUGAUUUCUAUUGGUUGGAGCCUUAGAGUGAUCCCAAAUCAUGAUAAGUUGGCCAGCUUGCAAGAAGAGAAAGCAACGAUUAGAGAUAAAAAGGAAGAAGAAAACAUGGGAAUGGAACUCUACCCAACUGGCUCCACAAUACCAGAUUGUUCCCAUGCAUGUGGACCAUGCUCUCCCUGCAAGAGGGUGAUGGUGAGCUUCAAGUGCUCCAUUGCAGAAUCUUGCCCCAUAGUUUACCGAUGCACUUGCAAAGGGAAAUACUACCAUGUACCCUCCAAUUGAUGACCACAAUUUGUUUUUUUUUUUUUUAAUUUAGUCUAGGAUAAAUGUUGUAAGUCUUAAGAGGAUGAUGUAGAUUGGAUAUUUUUACCAUCUGGAAUUUGCUUAGAUUUGUUAGGCACGGCGAAAAGCAGGCAUAGUAUGAGUUUUUGUUGUGGCUUGCUUGGGCAUCUUAAUUUGACCAUGUUCUUUAGCAGCAAAAGAAUGAACUUGAGAUGAAACAUUUAUUGAUAGGCCAAA